AAGAGGAGUACAGCUAAAACUGAAACAAGGUCCAGGAAAACGUGGAUAUCUUAAUCAUCAUCAACCGAUUUUAAUAGUACAGCUUUAUUUCUCUUCCUUUUAUCUGGGUUCCAUUGAUGGAUGUCCAACACAGGACUCUCCUGGGCGGGAAGAGUGAAGGCCAAAAGCUUAUGCAACUUUAGUUGAAGUUUUCAUUUGGAGUGACAAUGUUAAAAGAAGAAAGGAAACAAUCAUUUCUAACAGACUCUUAUGAAGAUUCAGCUCUCCUCACAAUGUCACCACGGAUGUAUUUUUCUCAACAACAGACUCUAUAACACUUCAAGAGUGACAGCAGACUAAGGAUGUCUGACCUCAGCCAAGUUGCAGUCUACUCUGACUCCACAGACAUUUAUAAGAAUGUGUUCUGUAACCCUGCCUUCGAGCUGGAGGGGGAGCGAGAGGAGAGGGUGGAGGGAUUCAGGACGUCAUCGUCUACUCCUGAACCAAUCAAGCCACCAACAACAAGCCUGGCCUGGGGUGUGUUUGGGGUUUGUGUGAUGCGCCUUCGGGGCCCAGGUUGUGGCUGGGGCGUAGUGGUGAUCUCUGCCGCUGCUCUGCUUCUGCUGACAGCCAUCGGACUGGCACUGGCCCUCAUCCUCACCCAGAUUAAAGGCCAGGAAGUGGAGGACCAGGUGACUUCCACCAGCUCUCCAAAUGUGUUGAGUACAGGAGAUAGAGCGCCCGUUACAUCACCCACAAUCCCUGCCAACAGAAGUCAGAUGGACAGCACAGCUUCACCACAACCUACAAGGGUCUCACCAUCAGAAAAACGUUGUGGAGGAGUUUUGAUCGACUCUGAGGGAAGUUUCACUUCUCCAAACCACCCUGGCUCCUACCCUCCGAACCUGCUGUGCGUGUGGGUGAUCCAAGUCCCACCCCCCACCUUGGUUCAGAUCCAUGUCUCCUCUCUGACCAUAGAAGGACCAUCUCCUUGUCUGUUUGACUGGCUAGAGGUGCAAGAGCAGAGGGAACAGAACUCUGUGGUCACCAGGUUCUGUGGUAACGUUGCACCACCAACAAUCAACACAAACAGCAGUACAGUGUGGGUCACCUUCCGUUCUGAUGGCAGCAUCUCAGGCAGCGGCUUCACUGCGCAGUACAAGGCCAUACUACCUGGACACAAGAGCUGCUCCAGAGAUGAGUUUAUGUGUGAUGGCGGUCGCUGUCUGCUGCCUGUGUCUGUAUGUGACAGUCAUCCAAACUGUCAGGACCAAACAGAUGAGGCAAACUGCAGCCAUAAACACAAAGAAUGUGGCGGGCAGAAGACCGGGCCACAAGGCCACCUCUCAAGUCCAAACCACCCAAAGCCUUAUCCUCACCAGCAGUUCUGCAUCUGGUACAUAUCUGUGGAGGAAGGUAACGUCAUCACGCUGAGCUUCAGAAACUUCAGCCUGGAGACUCAGGAUGUGUGUGAGUUUGAUUAUGUGGAGGUGCACGACAGCUCUGAUCCCGGAGCAGGAAGAGUCCUGGGAAGGUUUUGUGGGACCACCUUCCCUCCUGAUAUGACUUCCUCUGGCCCCCACAUGACAGUGUUGUUUGUGGCUGAUGAGGGAGUAGCAGACAGCGGCUUCAAUGCAACGUACCAGGCUGUGUCUGUAGUGGACAGGACAUGUGGUCCCAGCCAGUUUGCCUGCAGUACAGGGGAGUGUCUUCAGCAGCAAUGGCUAUGUGACGGAUGGAACGACUGCCCUGACGGAGCAGAUGAACAAGGCUGUGGCAACUCCACCUUCCCUUCCUUCACAUCUGCAUGUGAAUCAAUAGAGGUGGAUAUGUGUCAAGGCCUCAGCUACAACCAUACCUCAUUCCCAAACAUCUGGCUAUCUAUCGCUGAUCAGAAAGAAGCUGCCAUACUCCUGCGACCAUACCGGGUGCUGAUGGAGCUGGCGUGCUUUGAGCCCUUGCGGAGGCUGGUGUGCGGGAUGUUUCUGCCCCAGUGCAGCCCUCAGGGUGGCGUCCUCCAGCCGUGCCGUUCCGUCUGCUCCUCAGCUGAGCAGCAAUGCAGCCAUGCACUGGACCUUUUCUCCUUCAGCUGGCCCUUCAACUGCCACCUCCUGCCCGACUCACAGGACCCUGUCGAAUGCUCUCUACCAUGAUGCUUUAAUAUCUGAUCAUCCACGUUUUAAUUCACAAGAGAUUUGAAGACUGGCUUAUGGACCAAAGGGCCUGCGUUUGCAGAACUGGAUUCAGAGACUUGUUCUGU